AUGUAUGGUGUAUCAUUUACCGGGGAUAACUAUGGAACCCAAACGGGCGUUAACCAUGGCACCAUCAACAUGUAUUCCAACGCAGGUCCAUUAGAUCAGCUGCCAGUGGCAGAUGGUGCCGAAUUUGACUCUUUUAUGGAUCGGGAUGAAGUUGAAUGUCUUGCUGGCACAAGGACUGAGCUGCUGGAGGAGAUCGCAGACUGGAUCGCAUCGCCAGAUGGAAAGCCCAUCUUCUGGCUAAAUGGCAUGGCUGGGACAGGGAAGUCGACAAUAUCUCGCACGGUGGCAAGGCGGUUGAAAAACGACAAUACUCUGGGGGCAAGCUUCUUCUUCCGGCUCGGAGAGGGCGACAGGGGAAACACCAGGAAGUUGUUUCCGACACUGGCAAGGCAAUUGGCUCAGAGUGUUCCUGGGCUUGCUCUUCAAAUCCAUAAGGCCGUUCAGGCCAAUCCUGACAUUGCUACCCGAAGGAUUGAUGACCAGUUUGAUAAAUUGAUCCUUCGGCCUUUACUGAGCGUGGAUACACUCUCUGAUCCAAUGCCUACUAUGGUCAUACUGAUCGACGCCUUGGAUGAAUGCGAUUCCACCAAAGAUAUGCAAAAUGUCAUUCGGUUGCUGCCACAGCUCCAAAGUCCCAGCGCCUUGCGUCUUCGGGUUCUAUUGACAAGCCGACCAGAGAUGCCAAUCCGUCUUGGAUUCAAAAAAUCUCAAGACCACAGAGAUCUGAUUCUUCAUGAAAUCCCUCCAGAUAUCAUUGCACGCGACUUGGCAUUAUUUUUCAAUCACCGUAUCUUAGAGAUCAGAGAGGAGCGCGACCCUCCCCUGCCAUUUGACUGGCCUGGAGAGGUGAAUAUUCAACGCCUGGUCGAAUUGUCCAUCCCACUGUUCAUCUUUGCCGCCACCAUAUGUCGUGUCUUUGAGGAGCCUGAUUGGGAUCCUCUGGACAGUCUCCCUCAGAUUCUGGCCCACCAAAAGGAUGAGUCCAAAUUGGAUAGCACAUAUCUCCCUGUGCUCGAUCGAAUUCUUCAAAGACAAAACCCGGGCAGCCAAAGAGACGAUCUCAUUCGAGAGUUUCAUCAAGUUGUCGGUUCAAUCGUGGUGCUUGAGACACCACUUUCGAUUGCAUCGCUCUCAGGAUUGCUUGACAUACCUGAGAGACAAAUCCAACUUCGCCUCAACUCCCUCCACUCAGUCUUGAGGGUUCCGAAUGAUGAAUCUUUACCUGUGCAAAUUUUCCAUCUAUCUUUCCGUGAUUUUCUACUAGACCCAGCAACUCAAAACAAAACACCACUUUGGGUAGAAAAUUCCGCAGCUCAUCACAGGUUGGCAAAAAGAUGCCUCUUGAUAUUGUCCCAACAGCUUCAAAGGAACAUCUGCAAACUACCAAACGAAGGUUUUCAUCGGCAGGAUAUCAGCCCUCAAACCCUUGAUGAUUGCAUUUCCCCGGAGAUGCAGUAUGCAUGUCGAUAUUGGGCAUUCCACAUCACGCAAUGCAUGGACUCACAAAAUUCGAUGGAUACCGCGCUCUCUUUCUUCGAGAAGAGCUUUUUACACUGGGUGGAAACUAUGUGCCUUUUGGGACAUGCAUCUGAGGUACUAGGGAUCAUCAAUCUCCUACAGACCACGUCUGCUAGCUCGGUAUGUCUUGUGGACGUGUCAUGCUGGACGUUACUGACAUUGGAAACAAAGCAGAAUACCAGUAAAGCUUUGAUUUUUGACAAGGAGUUUCUACGAGAUGCAAAACGCUUCAUCUUUAAAAUUCGUCACAUAAUUGACCAUUCACCACUACAAGUCUACUGCGCAGGCCUGGUAUUUGCACCCGAAAGAUCAAGAGUGCGGAAGCAAUUUACUUCAGAUCUGCCGAGGUGGAUAUCUGGUCUGUCACCGGCUAGGGAGGAAUGGGACUCAAUAAUACAGACAUUCGAAGGACAUUCGGAGCCUGUUUCUAGUGUGAUCUUUUCCCCGGACAAUGUUUUAGUGGCUUCCUGUUCUGAAGAUUAUACAAUUAAGCUUUGGAACACGACUACAGGUACCAUACAACAUACAAUGGACAUUCCGUUGGAGUUGUGCCAUUCGAUGGCAUUCUCGCAUGAUGGUGGGAUUCUGGCCUGUGGCUAUAACAACGGAGAAGUCUGGCUUUGGGAUACUGCAACAAAGGAUCUCAAAGGAAUCAUCAAGUGUCACCAUCGAAGAGUGUUGUCGGUUGCGUUUUCGUCAGACAAGCUCCUGGCAACUGGUGCCGAGGAUAGCACGGUUAAGAUCUGGAAUUUUGAAACAGCCGGUCUCAAAUUAACUAUUCCACAUCCAUGUUCAGUUCACUCGUUGGUUUUCUCGCCUAAUAAUCGACUACUUGCCACCGGUUGCAGAGAUGGCUCGGUUAGGCUGUGGAGUAUCACGACAAGCGUUGUGCAUGAGAACGUCGAUGGUUUUAUCACCGACUUUAUCUCCUUGUGUGAUGGGCCAUCCUAUCCCCGGGAAAGAAUGAUCCAAGUCCGGGCGAGCCCAAGAAAAAAUGGCUUGCGGUGGAAUCUUCAUCCCUAUUCGAAAACAAUCGCUGCGAUGAUCUUCUUGUCUGACGACGAGCUACUUUCUAGCUCAAACCACGGAAUCGUACAUCAGUGGAACAUAAGGACAGGCACACUGACUCAUGAAUUUAAGGCCAGCUUGGAUUCAACAAAUCCAAUUUCCCUAUCGCAUCAGGGGUUUUUGGCAUCCGGAUUCAAUGACGGAACCGUCAGUCUCUGGGAUAUAAAGACGGGGACAUUACUUCAAACGUUCGAGGCCCACCCCGGCUCCGUGACCUCUGUAACAUCUUCGCCAGAUGGACAGCUGGCAUCUGGCUCAACUGAUACCACUGUCCAGCUCUGUGACACAUUAACAGGCUUCGAGAAACCAAUGCUCGUUGCAAAUCCGGAUCCAGUCGCUCUGAUGAGAUUUUCACCUGACAGCCGUUUACUACUUUCUGUUUCUCACUGUAGGUUACUCCAGCUCUGGGAUACAAAGACAUUUUCUGGGAAAAUCCUCGAAGGAAGGUUCUCAAAUGAGACCAGCUCGGUGAAAUUCUCCCACGAUGGCCAAAUGCUAGCCGUAUUUUCUGAACCUGGAAACCAACUUCAGAUCUGGGACACAUUGAAAUAUGUCCAGAUAUACACUGGCAAUCCAGGUCAUCGGCGUGUUCAGUCGUUGGAUUUUUCAAGCAAUGGAAACAUUCUUUCUUGGGUCUCCAGUUCCCAGAAGCCCUUUUUACCCUAUUCAGUCUGGCUUCUAGACACAACGAAAGAUCAACCACAAGAGAAGUUGAUUGGAGCAUUCGUAUCUCCGGUGAAAGCAGUAUCCCCGGAUGGGAGGCUCAUGGCAAUAUCAAAAAAUGGUCGCUCUGGUAUAGGAAUCUUGGACAUAGCGAACGGUGUCUGGCAAAGCCACGCGAGCCCCAUUAGAGACAGGCCUUACACGAUGGUCUUCACUCCGAACAGCCGAGUAUUAGCAUGCGCACAUGUAUAUCCUUCGAUUCUUCAACUCUGGGACUUGGCGACAGACACAGUGCACAACCUCCACGGUAUUCCAGGCAUGGUUGCUGAGAUAGUGUUCUCGCCUGGUGGUCGUUCUAUGGCAUCUGUCGGGACCAAAGUCACAGUUUGGGACGUGGUAGCAGACAAGUUGCAAGAGCAAAUGGUAGCUCAAGUACCAAACGCUUCGCUGAAGUUCUCCGGGGAUAGUUUGUGUCUUAUAGCGCAUUCAGAGUCAGACAACAUCAAGGCUCGAUUUCCCCUUCGUGGCAUCUUCCCCCCUUCUUAUGACUCAAAGUGGCGAGACAUGUCGCCGAGUGAAAUCUCGGUAUCCAAGGGUUGGAUAUGGUUUGAUGGCGAGCAAGUACUGCGGCUUCCCCCUGAGGCUCGAGCUUCAGCUCUGGCUGUGGAAACAAACAAAUUCGCCAUUGGGUACGAGUCUGGUCGAGUCCAAUUCAUGGAACUUAUAUUUCCAUAG